AUGGCUGUACCAACAAUGGAUGAUUGGUUACAUAUAUCUGAGGUGUUUUAUAAUAAAACCCAAUUUCCGAAUUGUGUAGGAGCUGUAGAUGGGAAACACAUCAGACUAGAAUGUCCCCCCAGAAGUGGUACUUUAUACUACAACUACAAASAUUUUUUUYCCUUAAUCCUCAUGGCCAUCUGUGAURCAAAUUACUGUUUCACAAUUAUAGAUGUUGGAUCAUUUGGGAAGRAGAGAGAUGAAGGAGGUACUCCGCAACCCUUCGUUAUAAUUGGUGACGAAGCGUUUGCUUUGCACACGAAUCUUUUACGCCCUUUUCCCGGAAGAACUUUAAAUGAUAAAAGGCGUAUAUUUAAUUACAGUCUGUCCAGAGCAAGGCAGAAUAUUGAAUGUACGUUCGGUAUUUUAUSCAACAAAUGGAGGGUUUUUCACACCGCGCUAUUGGUAGAACCAGGUUUCGCUGUAGCGAUAACUAAAGCUUGUUGUGUUUUGCACAAUUUUGUUAGACGUAGAGAUGGAUAUAACACAGAAGAUGCUCAAAAUUGUGAAAUGGAAGAUGCAAUAGAAAAAAUUGGAGUAGGYAACUCAACCUCAAUGGCAAAAGAAGUGAGAGACUAUUUUGUCAACUAUUUUAAUGAACCGGCUCAUGAGCAAAACAAGGUAAUAGGCUAA